AUGUGGCCCGCGGGGGGCUCGCCUUGGCCGCGCGGGUGCGCGGCGUGGCUGCUGGCGCUGUGCGGCGGCGGCCGGCUCGCUGGGCCAGGCGUGGCCGGCGGCGCCGCGGACGGCAUCUCGGAGGGCCUCCGCGCCUCGGGCACGCGCCUGGAGCGGUUCUGGAGCCUGGCGCCGUACGAGGAGCUGCGGCAGCUUCUGGAGGGCGCCGACGCCCCCGCCAUCGACAGCGAGCUCGGGCUGCGCCACGUGGCCUUUGUCGUCAAGGCCACCAAGGCACGGGAGGAGAUGGCGGUGCGGAUGGAGCGCGUGUGGAUGGGCGCGACUUCCAAUCGGAUCUUUUUGGAGGACGAACUCACCGACGGGCCGCCCGAGAGCCGCCAGGUGUUGAUGAACGACGGGAGCGGAGUCCACGGCCAGCGGGACGUUAUGGCGGCCUCCCGCUUGCUGAUCUGGAUGCGCGGCGCCGUGGCGGAGGGGGCGAUGAACGGCCUGGCCCCCGAGACCGAGUGGGUCGUCUUGUUCGGCGACGACGUGUUUGUGAACCUCGCGCGCCUCUUCUACUUUGUCGUGCAGCACCCCGCGCGCGAGCACCCGUUGGUCUUCGGCCACUGCCUGUCCGACACCGAGGCGUACGACUUCGACGCGCCGUGCCUCGACGGCGGGGCCGUCCUGCUCAACCGGCUCGCCCUCGACGCGAUCGGCGAGGUGGCGUCGUGCAGGGAGUGGCCCCACGCCGUGUCCGACCAGGCGUCCCUGGGCUACUACGCCUUCGUCAACGCCGUGCCGCUCGUCCACCUGCCCGCGCUGCACUGCCACACACCGCGCAUGGGCGACUCCGACCGGCACCUCGUCAGGGAGUACCCGCCCGACUCGCUGACGACAGACAUUAUCGACACCGGCGGGAGGCCGCAUCCGUGUGUGAACGUGGAGGGGGACGUGAGCCCGACGCCCUACCCGGCGCCCCACCCAGACUGGCUGGACUUCUCGCCCUGCGGCCGCCAGACCGCCAGCCCCGGCCCGAGCUGGGCUGUCCCAUUUGAGGAGCCCGCAUGCCCCGCGCUUGCGCCGCGCGCCGUGCUGCCGCUGCACGUGGAGGACUCCCCGCUGGCGCCGAGCGCUGGGCUGGUGCUGCUGCCGCGCGUCGCUUGGGACGCUGGUUCCCUGCAGGACCGUGCCGCCGCUCUGCCGACGUGGUUCGACGUCCUCUGGAGGCUUGGGCCGACGGGCCUCCCCACGGACUUUCAGACCAAGACGGUCCGCAUCUCGGAGCUGUUCGGAUACCCGCCGAUGCCACUGCUUAGAGCCCGCGCGCUCGACAGCGGCCCGCCUGGGCAGCGCACGAGCUCGUUCGACAUCUUCGAGUCCGUUGAGUGCGCCCCGGACGUAUUCGCCAUGGCCCCGCGCCACUUCCGGAGUUGA